AUGAACUAUUAUAUAAUAUCUGUAGUGUUUAUAAUUAUCUCUUUGAUCAUUUAUAAUACAGUAAAUCAACAACAACAUCAUAGAACUAUGACUAAAUUAAAGGUUGGAGAUGAGGCACCAGACUUUGAGUCUAUUGACAAGGAUGGCAACAGUGUAACAUUGUCACAGUUUGCUGGUAGGAUACUUGUGCUCUACUUCUAUCCCAAGGACAACACACCAGGAUGCACUGCACAAGCCUGUGAGUUCCGUGACAAGUACGAGGACUUUGUAAAGGAAGGUGCUGCUGUCAUUGGUGUAAGCACAGAUAGCUCAGAGUCACAUCAGAAGUUCUCAGAGAGAUAUAAGUUGCCAUUCACUUUGAUCACUGACAAGAAGAAUGAGAUCGCCAGCAAGUAUGGUGUUGGCAAGGAGUUGUUUGUGUUGCCAGGCAGAACAACAUUCAUCAUCGAUCAGCAAGGCAAGAUUGCAUGCGAGUACUCCUCAUUGUUAAGAGCCACCAAUCACAUCUCUGAAGCAUUGAAGUGCAUCAAGGCUCUCAAGAAA